AUGGAGCUACGGGCACAGCUCUCCAGCUGCUUCUUAUGUGCCAUACUCCUAGCAACAAUUCCCUUUUCAGAGAAUUUCGAAGUCAUCUCGUCCCCAACUGUCACGGGGAUCGUAGGCCAGGAUGUGGUCUUACCAUGCCAGAUCUCCACCAGGACGCAGCCAGACAAUAUGGAAGUUCAGUGGAAGAAAAUCAUCCAGGUAGCUAUAGAGACUGUCUAUGAAUACAGAGCCCAGACAGGCCAGGAUGUGCCAGGGCAGAAAUACCAGGGCCGGACCAUGCUGUUGAAGGAUGGAUUCACCACUGGGAAUGUGUCUUUAAAGCUGAAGAAUGUCCAACCAGCCGAUGUGGGAACGUACAGCUGCAUUGUGAAGUCUAACGCGUGGAGCGCUGAUGCUGCAACCGAGCUUCAAAUUGGAGCUGUUGCCCCUGUGUCCAUUGAUGUGCUGGGUCCCCAGGGUCAGGGGAUUGACCUAGCCUGCAGGUCAACAGGGUGGUUCCCCAAACCUGAACUCUACUGGGUUACAAAGAAUGGACAGGAUCUGCAGCCUGUUACCCAAACGAAGCAGGAGCAUGAACUUCUAUUCAGUGUUCUGAGCCACGUCACAAUCCUGGGAGAGGAAACUGGAGAAAUCAGCUGUGUUAUCCAGAACAGCCUGCUUAAAACAGAACAGCAAUCUGUCAUUCUCCUCUCAGGUGAUAUUUUCCCUCAUGGUUCUCCAUGGCUUGCUGCAUUCUGGGUGUUAUUUACUUUAGACCUUCUUGUGAUUGGUGCCUGUGUAUUUUGGGGUUAUAAAGAAAAGCAGAAGGAGUUUAAGAAAAAAGCAUCAGAAGAAGAGAGUUUACUAAAGAAGGAAACUGGGAUUAAGAAGUUGGAAUCAGAAUGUCAGGACUUCCAGGAACGACAUUGUAGGUCUUUCACAGAACUAGAUUUCAGGAGGGCUCGGAGCUACAUGGUUCCUGUCACCCUGGAUCCAAGUUACAAACAUCCUGAAUGCACUGUGUCUGAAGAUGGCAAAACGGUCCAACACAGACCCCCUUCCCCAGGGCCGGCUUCCCCCUCUGGUGCCCUGAUAGCUGUGGGGAAGGAGGGAUUUUUGGCCAGGAGGGAUCAUGGUGAUGAGGGUGGGAUUUGCAAGUGGUACUGGGAGGUAGAAGUAGGGAACAGCCUUGAUUGGGAGCUGGGGGUGCUGAGUGAGACUGUGAGGGACAGAAUAAGACUGGGGAGUCUGGAGAGACCCCCCAAGGGAGGGUUCUGGGCUCUGGGGAGAUCCGAGGGGAGGUAUCACCCCGAGAAGACUGACACUUUGAUCCAGAGCUGGUAUGAGAAGCCGACAGUGGUUGGGGUGCAUCUGGAUCUAGAAGAGAGGAGUCUCUCCUUUUAUAGUGUCAGCGCAAUGGUCCUUAUUCUGGAGAUUCCUGUGGAAGGUUCUGAUAAAGUGUACCCAUUCCUCAGCCUUGGUUACACUGCAGAGAGGGACCAGGGGAAAUCCCUCAGCAUCUGCCCUCCCAGCGACUGGGAUUUCCCUCAGAAAUUAGCUAUCAGUCGGCUUGUUAAUCAGGGAACUCCCAAAACUGGAAGACAGCCUUCUACCUCCAACAAUGGGGAAGAGACGAGAAACAACACAGGGCCAUCUGCAACAGGAGAAACAUCCCCAACUCCUGGAAAGCAUUCUGCUUCCGCAGACCAGGAUGUGAAAGGAAACAGAGCUUGGUCAUCUAUGGUCAAAAAUUUGAAAAAAUCCUUCCCUUAUAUGAAAAUGAGAAAGGGGGAUAAAACAGAGCAGGAGAAUCUGCAAGAAGAAGGGAGGAAAGAAACACCAAAUCCAAGAUCUCAAAAGCCCAUCUGCAAAAACCCCACCUGCCAGAAGCCUUCCCACAGAGUGAAAGGAAUCGGAAAGAGAAAAACACUCAGAACAUGA